UCAGCACAGUGCAGUUGUGAAACACCACCUACAAUUCCUGUACGUUAAACAUGUCUGCCACCAGAUACCGUCGAUUUCUAAAGCUAUGCGAGGAAUGGCCAAAGGACGAAUCAAAGAAAGGGCGAGAUUUAGGAACAUUUUUACGCCAAAGAGUCGCUAGUGCUUUCCGAGAAGGCGAAAAUACACAGAUUUCAGACCCAGAGAAAUGUGAUCAGCUGUAUGAAAGUCUGGCUCGCAUCAACAGUAAUGUGUACAAAGAAAAGUUUCCACGAGCAAAAGAUACAAGUUUUACAGGUGUGACAGUGGAAGAGUGCCGAAUACUAUUGGCAACAGGAAACAUGCAGCAAGCAGAUGAGGUAAAGAAGGGAUUGUGGAAGACACUAACGGAGCGCUUCUCCUCUAAACCUGAAGAUGGACCCCCUGAAAAAACUGAAAAAUAAUCAUCAUACUGUACAGAUCUUAUCCCUCUUUGCACUUUUUCAAAUAAAACAAUUAAGGAGUGUA